AUGUCGUCCGUGUCCUUGUGUCGACUUAGAUACCGGCGACUGUCAGAGGUCAUGGAAAGUAAUGUAGAGUGCUUAAAGAGUCGUGAAGGAGGGCAGUGUAAGGGGCGGAGCAGCGGCACCCUCACUCUCCGCACACUCCUCGGAGGCCGUGACCUGCUGGGCCGCCACAGUGACUCGGUGUUCGCCAAGGCUCCCUCUGAUACACGCAUUUUACGUUCUACGCCCAAUACUCUCCUCAAGUCCUCGCAAGGCCUCAAAGUCACCAGUAAUCCGCCACGCUCACACCGGCCAAGUUGCCUCCUGCAGUCCCCGGCGCCUGUGUGUCUCCGCAGAAUCUUGGUGAUCAAACAUGGCGACUGCCCUCAGGAUUCACGAGAUCCUUCAGGUGACCUCCGGCCUUUCUCUGCGUCCCCGCCUCCUGGUGGGCCUGCGGGAUGGCUGACCUGCACGUGUCACCGUAAUCCUGCCUUGACGGCGCUCCACUGGGCCGCCAAGCAGGGCAGAACUGAGGUUGUUAAGCUCCUCGCGGGGACGCACCACGUGGAGAUUAACGCCAGAUCCGGCUACACGCCGCUGCACAUCGCCGCCAUGUACAACCGCACCGAGGUGUUUGACCUGCUCGUGCACUACGGUGCUGAUCUCAACAUGAGGGACUACUCGGGGAAGAAACCUCGCACCUAUAACACCAUCGCUUCCACAGUCUCGCAGGACACGCAGAGAAGAAUCGUACAGCGAAGGAACUCUGUGAAAGAUGCAGCCGCAUUCCUACGCAUUGGUUCCCUGAAUGUGAAGGUGCGCAAGACCACGGAGGCCUUCAACAGUCUGCUUUCCCGUGACGUGGAAGCAAAACUACAUCGGGCAUGGGGCUCCAGUGACUCCCUCCCAGAUGCUAUAUUGGAGAGGGGAGGUGAUAGGGAGGGAGGUUUGAGACAAGAUGAAAGAAGAAAGGAAAGGAAAAAAAAGGGAGGAAGGGAGAGGCAGCAGAUGGGUGAACAGCAGGUUGCACAGGUGGAAAAAGAAACAAAAGCAAUGCCACCUCCAAAGUUUGGGCCAAUUAAGAAGAGAAAACUCAAGAAAGACCGUGAUGCUCCAGCAGCUCGUCCAGUUUCUGCCUACUCUGUGCUCACUCCUUCAGAGGACAUUUCAGCUUCCAUGCAGGCUCCUUCAGGAACUCAUGUUAAUGCUGAUUCUGAUUCAGACUCAGCUUAUGGUUUUGGCUCAGAGUGGCACUGAUUUCCUAGAACUUAUGACUCAGGAAGCAGGUUUCAUGUUGCAUCUUUCAACAAAACAUGACAAUGGGUAAUGCAUAUGUUUAGGAGUGACAGUGAUAUCAUAUAGUAAUACAUUCUUAUCUAAGCUUCUUAGUAGGCUGCUCAGCUCAAUAUCAUGUAGUUAUGAUAAGAACUAAUCAAAACAAUAGAUAUUUAGGUCCUUUAUGAUCUGGUUUGUCCAGUCAGACACAGGCAUGGGAUGCCUUAGUUUAUCAAGUAUUAUAUGUAAAGAGAAAACGGCAUGUUUGUUCAUUCCAUGUAUAUAUCAUUUUUACAAAUAUUAGAGAAUAUAUUUUAUGAUAAAAAAUGUUUUGUUAAAAGAACUAGAUUGCAAUAUACCUAGGUAAUGAUGUAGAUAAUAUCUCAUGUAAAUAGUAAGACUGCAAAUUAUUACUGAAUUUCCAGCUUUUCAAAACAUUGUACCACCUAACCAAAAACCCACAAAGUAAAUAUAUGUAUGAUAGUCUGUCAGAAUACCAAUUAUGUUGAAAGUGAUGGAUGCAUCCUGUACUUGGAGCAGAUCAGUAAUUGACAAUAACCUACACUGGGUUUUAUGAGUACAUAGAUUUUUUAUCUCUCUCCAUCUAUAUAAAUAAGGCAAAGAUGAAAUACAGUGCAUAUACUAAAAUUCUGUAUCAUUCAAUCAAGCCAAAUAUAAACUGGGCAGCAAUCUUAGCAAUCUGACAAAUUCUUUUAUUGAGUUUAUAAAUAAUGGAAUCCUUUGAAAUUAAUAUGACUGAGCUCAAAGAAGAGAAAAAUUCUGCCAUAUUAUUACCAUAAUGCUAGUUUAUCAGACUCAUAUUUUUAAGACCUACUCCUAAAUUUUAACAAAUACACAGCCCAGCACAUUAACAGAAUUGUCUGCCUAAAGUACAGUGGUGUUUCUUAUGGGCCUUUGUCAGAGUAAUUAUAUAGAUGCUCACUGUGUCAACAUUCAUCUAUUUUUUCAUUAGUUAUGUUUUAUUUUGCUCACAUUGUUAAUAAUUACCCAUAUUAAUAACUUCAGUGAACCUAACUUACAUCCAAACUAGCUAGAUCCACAAGAUUAAGCCUGAGUCAAGCAGUAGGGCAGUAGGUACUCAUUAUUUCUGUAACAGGAAUUUUUAAUUAACCAAGACCUAAGGUAACUUCAAAGGUGUUUAUUAAUUGUGAUCAGCAGUGUAACCUAUCAAGUAUCUUAAUGUAUAAAAUGUUUUUUUAGAAUCAAUUUAAUACUCACAUUUUGUGGAAAUAAAAAAGAAAAAAACAUUUGAGUCAUUUGAGUCAUUUGAGUUUGUGCACAUCAAUAGAGGAUUUGUUAGCAUAAAGUAGAAAUAAAUAGUAAUGUUCUGCUUUAUUUGGUUUGAAGUUGAUAUUAGUCAGUUCCCAAUGUUAAAAGUGCAUCCACACUAUGCCUCAUGCCACACUACAUGAUGUGGCAUUAAGGGAAGGUUGGGGGGGCGAAUAAACAUCCACACUAUAUUAGGGGGCACUGCCCAGCCCGCUGCCAUGUUAGCCAGUAGCAUCUGAACUGCAGAAGCGAGUUUUGUAUUGCAUAUUGGCACACACACACACACACACACACACACACACACACAUUAGCCAACGUAUAAUUUUUUAAUAUUCUUAUAUAGUCAAAAAGGAAGAGGAAGGAGAGGGUGGGAAUAAGAGGAGGAAAAGAAAAAAAUUA